GGCUGGCAUUCCAAGAUAUUAGCCUAAAUUGGACAGUGUCUCCCGAAUUCUUAGUCUCGCUAUCUUGACUAGUGCUCGAUUGUAGCAGUAAAUUGGCUAAGCUAGCUAGCUAUCUGGCUUGUGGCUACCUAUAUUUUAUAGCUAUAGCAUGCCCAACGAUAACUAGACAUAAUGUAACGUUAUUGUAACUCCCGUCUGCACGCAGAGUAGCCGUUGAAUCAAAAUAUUAUUAUGAACGAUGUCCUAUGCAACGAUAGUAGAAAAUGUUUAUGAUGCAAAUCAUUUUUAUUGAAUAUAGGCUAGCUAAAGAUUUCACCCUCGUCGAGAAUGGGCGGAAAAGUGGGUAGUACUAUAUUAGGCUACCCUGCAAGCUUUUCUUAUCUAACUUCAUUAUCAAGUCUGUUACUGCAUCAUGCGCUUAUGAGCAGGCGAAGUUAGUUUUUCAAUUUCUCGUUCGGGGAAGGAAGAACGUGUGCCGAGAAGAGGACUGUUCUACAGUCAUACAUAGAGAUGGGGGCUGUUCUAUCCCGGUGGAGGGCCAAACCAUCCACAGUGGAUAUUUUGGAAGGAAUAGAUAAGGAUAUAAGCACGCUUGAGGAGUUUAGAGAAAAAAACCAGAGACUUUUGAAAUUAUGGGUGCGAAGACUGCUGCUGUAUUCCUUCCUGCUCUUCCUCAUCAUCAGUCUUGUAGUGUAUGUUUGGUAUCUUCCUCGGCAAUGGACAGGCCGAUUAAUACUCGCCCUUCUAAUUUUGGCAUAUCCAAUACUAGUGUGGUUUACCAGGAAGUUGAUGAUUUCAUUUUUUUCAAAACGAACGGAAAGAAACAAUGACAAAUUAGAAGAUCUGAAAUCCCAAAAAAGGAAAAUUCUUGAAGAGGUAAUGGAGACGGAGACCUAUAAGAAUGCGAAAAUGAUCCUGGAAAGAUUUGAUCCAGAGUCAAAGAAAAAAGUUAUGGAGCUGGAAUCCACACCAGUUGGGUCCCAGAUGGCUCCUAGACCAGGCCAAGAACUUCGUCAGCGCAACGUUGCUUCUCGGGCUCCAGCCUCAGGGGCCCCCGCUGCAGCUCGCCCCCCACCGGCCCCAGGUGCUACCCCUGUGGGUCCGCUGCCCCACUCGGCUCCGGGCGGGCCCCCCGAGAGGAACCUGUCCAGUGUGGCCGCUCAGCAGAGCCUGAUGCGGAGGCCCAUGAGCCCCGGCACGCCCAUCCCGGGAAUGGGACUACAUCCCCCAGGCCCGCCCCUGGCCAGACCCAUCCUCCCGCGAGACCGGGGCGCCAUGGACCGAGUCAUCGAGUACCUGGUAGGAGACGGCCCUCAGAACAGAUAUGCCCUUAUAUGCCAGCAGUGCUUUUCCCAUAACGGCAUGGCGUUAAAAGAGGAAUUUGAAUACGUUGCCUUCCGAUGCGCCUACUGUUAUUUCCUCAACCCUGCCAGGAAGACCAGGCCCCAGGCCCCUCGGCUGCCGGAGUUCAGUUUCGAGCGAAGGUCGGCCCCUGACCCGCCCGGCCCAGCACCCCCCGCUGGCCUCGGGUGCGGUGACUCCCCUCGUGUCCUAGAUAUUUUACUGGCCCCUAAAAGACCUGCACAUGCUGAUCCCUCUUUGGAUAUUGGGAGUCGAAUGGACACCGGAAAGCUGGAUGAUACUCCACCUGUAUCAGAGCCUGAGUCACAGGAGAGCCAGGUGACCGAGGAGGCCCCAGCAGUAGAUGGUCCUGCUACCCCCAAGUCAGAGAAAAGCCCAUCUGAGAACACUGAUGAGGAGCUGGAGGUUUCCCAGAUGGAGGUCGAGUAGCAGGAGGGCCCACACACGCGCGUAUAAAAACUCACGUCGACGCAGUCAAAUCGAUCCAGAGUUUCGGUUUCGGUGGUGUGAAUUGCUCAUGUUUCUUGAAGCAUAUUUAAAAAAGAAAACGUGUGGUUACAUCAUCACACGGUACACAAGUGCCAGAAAUCAUUGUGAAAUUUACGGAGAUGCUAAGAUGCUGGAUGUAUGCUUGAGAUUAAAUGGAUGCCUUGCUGUCUACCUGUCUGUAUGUGCAUAUGGAAGUUUUUUCUUUUGUUUUUUUCUUUUGUUUUCCAAUAAAGGAAUAAGCUCAGCCAUUUUUCCUAUGCCAGGAGUUUACAUAUCAUAUACUGUAGCACUUCUGUACGUGCAGCAAUAAAAGACCCAAGCACAGGAAAAUCGCAAUUUCUUUAAGUGAAAUUGUUUGUGGGGAUUUUCCCUUCGUUUUAGUUGAGCAGAGAAAUAAUGCAUACCUACUGUUUUGUUUUGUUGUAUUUCACAGAAUUACUUUUUAUAGUAUUGCAUAGAAUACUCUACUAUAUUGUCAAGAGUGUCAAAUAUAUUAAUAGAUAAGUAUAUAAGAAAUGUUAUAGCACCAGGACAGAAAGUAUUGUCAGGAUGUUUUUGGUACUCAUGGCACAGGGCAUCCUCAUGUUUACCUUGGUAACGCCACAGUGAUACUAUGAAAAACACUUAUUUAUUACUAAGAAAAAAAGUAUUUUCACAGGUUUUGUGACUAUUUUAACUAUUCUCGUACGAAAAUGAAAUAAAAUGAGCUAUUUUCAUGU